AUGGAUAUAGAUGAGUGUUCAGUCGAUUCACUGAUAUUAUUAUCUUCAAGCGUUCAAUUAACAUCACAUGUAAAUGAUAACUCUUCAACUGAUAAUUACAGUAACUCUCAGUCUGAAAUGGAACAAAUUCUUCAACUAUUAUUAACAAAAAUGAAUGGAAACCAUAUAUGUUCAGCGCUCAAGCUGUACAAUUAUUUAUUCGAUUCCCAGGAAGAUGUAUACAGACUGGUUUGCGCUGGUAUUAAUAAUUAUUUUGAAACUGGCUGUGAAGCUGAAGAUGUAUUAUUUGUAUUGGAUACCAUAAAUGGAAAUGACGACCAAAAACAGCGAUUUUAUACAGCUACAACUGAAGAAAUAAUUGAAUCAUUUAAUGCCAAUAACGAUAUCGUAACAUCAAUGAAACUAGUAAAUUUAAUUCCCUUUACCACUGUAUGUAUUCAAGAAAAGUAUAAUUCUCAGCCAUUGCCCACACAUAAACUACACCAGAUUGUUACAUUAAUGCAACGUGAUUUUUCGUCUUCGUGCGGUAUAUAUUAUUCUACAUGCAAUGAAUGUAAAACGCGUUAUUUUCCAACAUUUUAUGAAUUAAACGGCUCAAAAAUGAAAUUUAUUACAAUUGACUCGAUUCGAAAAAAAAACGCAAUGUACUUUGGAGGAAAAACUGCAUAUGAAUAUCUAUUAUUUCUUGAAUUCGAGGCACAAUUAGUACACAACUAUGGAGCAUUCAACGGUUUCUGUGAUGCGCACAAUUACAAACUUGAAAUGCUCAAUAGUCAGUCAUCUUCAUCACAAAAGACCACGAAUGAAAGACACAAAUUGGAUCCCAAACUGUUUCAAAUGAACUGGCUUACUUAUCAACUCGGACGAUUCGUUUUUAUGUUAACGGAUAAUAAUUAUUGUCACAUACCGUCAUCAUUUGAUUCAAAAGUAGAGAAAGAUCAGUAUUUUUCGAAAUAUUUCGAAAGUUUUUAUUCAAUAUUCGUCGGUUUCUGGUCGCGACAUAAAGUGUUAACGGAAAAGGGAUUAACAAAAUGCAAAGUUGAUACGUGUUCAAAAGUAUUUAUUUCUGACGGGCAUCAAAAAGCUAAUCGAUCGGUUUGUGCAUUUGAUAAUAUUUGUGACAUUAGUAUUCCUGAAUUUGGACCAAUACUAGUCGGCUGUUGGCCCAUGAAAGGAAUAAAAAAUGCUACCAAACAAGUCGAUACACGGUAUUGUCCAAAUCAUCAAACGGAACAACAACGAAAAGAAACAUCGCAAGCGGACAGGAAUUCAAACAAAUUGAUAAAUAUAUCAAAUGAUGAAAAAAAACAAGCGCAAAAAAUGACAGUAAUAUCACAUGAAAAUUUGAAUGAAAGUUCGAUGACAAAUGAACCAAAAGUAGAAGACAUUGAAUGUGAGAUAUUUCGCAGUGAUUAUGAAACUCAUCAAAAGCCUAGCUAUGGAUUUCUCACCUCAUUCCAUAAUUGCAAUGUUAUUAUUGGAUUCGACGAAUCAGCAAGAGCAGAGGGCAGUAAGUAACUAUCGACGUCUACUACUACUUUCAAUCGAAAACUGUAUCGCCCGAUCCUUUUCGAUCAGUGCAAUGUUAUCCCAGCACCUACGAGGCACCUUGUCAGAUGAUUAAACGCAUUUAUUAGUUUUAGGUUUUUAUGGUAUUAUUGGUACUAACUACGAGUCUGAUAUUAGUUUGUCCUCACGAGACCGUCUUAGAUCGUUCACUAAGAAUCAGAUGUGUGAGGAUCCCGUGUGAUCUUUCAGCAAAACAUAUUUUCAAGGUACCUCAUGAUAGAACACUAACUUAUUUGUUGGUUCUAUUUCUACUAACCAUCAUAUGAGUUAGUGUUCUAUCAUCUUGAAAAUAUGUUUAGCUGAAAGAUCACACAACUGAUUUUUAGUGAACGAUGUAACAAGGUCUCGUGAGGACAAACUAAUAUCAGGCUCGUAGUCAGUACCAAAAAUAUCAUAAAAAGCUAAAAUUAAUUAAAAAUGGGUCCUCGUAGGUGCUGAGGUAGCCUGUCUUAGUAGUAAUCAAAUGUAAUUUUUUACUAUUUAGUGAGAAGAAUCACCCGUCACUUACUUCGAAUUAAAAAGUACGGUGAACUGCCGCCUGCCAUGAUGUAUGACUGUGCAUGCACACUUCGUUUGUUUUUCGAUCGUCAGUACGGUUCUGAGUACUUCAAAAUAACUCAGAAUUCUACAUUCUUAAAAGAAAUGAAAUUAGCAAUAGAUCGAUUUCACCAACGUAAUCAUAAGAGAAAAAUGUGUCAGACACAAAUGAAUGCUAAUAAUCCAGAAUUUGGUGGAAUAUUUGAUAAUGUUGAUAGUCAAGUGGUGGAACGCAUGUUUUCAUAUCUUACUCAUUUCAAAUAUUCGUUUCCUUCAUAUGGUUACCCGAAAUCAGUCUUUUUCGAUUUAAUAUUAUUUCAUUUGAAGAAUUGCAAGACAACUGGGCUGUGGCCAUUUCAGGAAAAACUUGGACUUCAAGUUAUGCCAAGCAUUCGAUUGGAUAAUAUUAAGUAGGCAGACGUAGGUUUCGUAUGAAAGAACUCAUGUGUACUCAAUCUUUUGCUUCUGUUUUCGCAAUUUCAGCUCAAACUGGUAAAGUCAUCGGUUCAUGCUUGACUUUUGAUUAGGUAAGCUAAAAACAAUUACAUGUUACAAGUGAGCAUAGUCUGAUAUAUUUUUUGUUACUUGAACAGUUGAAAAUAAACAUAAUUAAUAUGCUGCAAACGUCCAAGCGAAGCAAGAACUUUACCAGGUUGAACCGAAAUUGCGAAAACAAAAGCAAAAGAUUGAGUACACAUGAGUAUUUUCAUACGAAACCUACGUCUGCCUAGUUAAUAUUAUCCAAACGGAUGCUUGGCAUAAGUGGAAGUCCAAAUUUUUCCUGAAAUCGUCACAGCCCAGCUGACCUGCAAUUCUUCAAAUGAAACAAUACUAAAUCGAAAAAGACUGAUUUCGGGUAACCCUACGAACGAAACGAAUUUUUGAAAUGAGUAAGAUAUGAAAACAUGCGUCCCGCCACUUGACUAUCAACAUUAUCAAAUAUUUCACCGAAUUCUGGAUUAUUAGCAUUCAAUGGAAAAACAAAAGUGUACACGCAAUCAUAUAUCAUGGCAGGCGACAGUUCACCGUACUUUUUAAUUCGAAGUAAGUGACGGGUGAUUCUUCUCACUAAAUAGUAAAAACUACAUUUGAUUACUAUUAAGACACGAUACCUCAGCACCUACGAAUCACCUUGUCAGACGAUUAAACGCAUUUUUAAUUAAUUUUAGCUCUUUCUGGUAUUUUCGGCACUGACUGCGAGCCUGAUAUUAGUUUGUCCUCACGAGACCUUCUUAGAUCGUUCACUAAAAAUCAGAUGUGUGAGGAUCCCGUGUGAUCUUUCAGCUAAACAUACUUCCACGGUACUCCCUAAUAGAACACUAACUUAUUUGUUGGUUCUAAAACAUCUACUAUCUCUGUAGAAAAUGUUUUAGCACCAACAAAUCAAACGGUAUGCAUGCGUCUAUCU